AUGAAAAUCCGCUUUCAGCUACAAGUUGAAGAUAUAAAACCUACAGGAAAAUCUUAUUACUCUGGUCUACUGCAAGCAUUCAGUCGAAUUUAUAAAGAAGAAGGUGUACGUGGUCUAUGGAAAGGUCAUGUGCCGGGACAACUUCUAUCUAUCACAUUCUGUGGAGCACAGUUUGCGAGUUUCUAUGCUAUUGAAAAUCUCCUAAUUGAUCGAACUAACCCUAACCCCUCAUCAAUAUGGUUACAUGACCUAGUAGCUGGUUGUGUAACUGGCAUAAUUGCGUCUGCAAUCUGCGAACCAUUGGAUGUUAUGAGAACACGUCUUAUAGCUCAAGGAAAACAUCAGGUUUAUUCUGGAUUCCUUCUUGGUGCUCGUGAUCUUGUCCGUGAAGAAGGUAUUAUAGGUUUAUGGAGAGGUAUUGGACCAUGUUUAGUAUCAGUCGUCCCACAGACCACAAUUUAUUUUGCAACGUAUGAACAAUUGAAACGUUCGUAUAUUUUGCGGAAUUCAACGAAAAAUAUUUCUCUAAUGCAUAGUUUAGGUGCUACAAAUACUGGUAAUGACGAAAAGAGUAAUGAUGGUCAGACAUCAUUGCCACGGACUAAUCGACACAAGUUACCCUGGCAUUUUUCAUUAUGGGCUGAUUUAGUCAAAAAACGUUUAGAAAUACGUGGUUUUGAAAGAGCGCGCAUGGAUUUUGGCACAUUGCCUAAAGGUUAUACACCAGAGACUUAUAAGAACAUUAAUUUGUCAAGAAUAAAUCGAAAUCAGUAUUUUGCUACAAUCACCUGUCUAAUGGAUAUCAUCCAACAAAAAGGUGUUCGUGGAGUUUAUAAAGGAUGGAUACCAUCUGCUUUGAAGGCUACGCUGACUACUGGUUUAACAUUCUGGUUUUAUGAACAAUAUCGUUGGUUAUUGUUGCAUUAUUAG